AUGUCGUCUCAACGUAUUUUCCAUUACGGUCGCAUAAUGGCAAUGAUAAAUACAGACAUGCUGUAUGAAAAUUCAGGUCAGAUCUGCAGGAUCAUGACUUCCCAGAAUCAUACUCAGGGCCCUGGCCUCUCGUCCUGCCCUCCAAAUGUUCCUUCACUGCUCCUACCAGCUUUUCCUGGGGCUGCUUUACUGGUGACCUCAGCCGACACCCCAGGAAGCAAGCUGAUCAUCAAACUGAAACGUGAAGGACCUCUUAUGGGAGGUAGUGAGGAACUGCCCCGAACUCAGACGUUCUUCCUGACAGGGAUGCCAUUGGGUUGGGCCACCCAGCGCCGGGAUGGACCUGGUGGUGCAGGCAUCCGCACUGUGUUGUUGACGAAAGCCGGUGAGGAGCCAGGUGGUCGGAAAAACAGAGCACCUGAGGCUGUCCCAUCUGCUCAAGGGUCGCCUUCCAGCGACACCUCUUUUGCUUGUACCUCCAAGGGAGUUUAUGAGAAUUACCGGCGUUGGCAACGCUACAAGGCUUUGGCAAGACGCCAUUUCCCAGCCACACCUGAUGCAGAAGCCGUGCACCAGUACGCAGAGAUCAUGGAAGGCCUAAACCCCAGCUGGGAGGAAGAAGAAGCCGAGAAGAAAGAACAAGGGAUGGGCCGAGACACCCAGGAUCAGGAGGAAGGAGUGUUCCCAGACCCUGGCCUGCUUCAGUAUAUUGAUCAGUUGUGUGACGAUGAAGAAUUUGUUUGUAAGGUGGAAGCUGUUAUCCAUCCACAAUUUAUGGUGGACUUACUGUCUCCAGAGAAAACCCAAGAUCCCUUGGAGCUGGUAGAAGAGUUAGCAGAGGAGUUAAGCUUGACACCCAGCCAGGUAAUACAAGGGAAUGAAAUUUGA